CACAGAGGCAGCCAAGGAAAGGGUCGGAGCAGCAGAGAAAGGGUGUUUCAAUUGGCUUUUGGUGUGAUUGGAGGUUUGGUUCUAGCAAUUGGAGUGGCAAUGGCAUUGGUUUGUAAGACUAGGUUGCGGAAUUGGAGAAGGCUCAAUGCUCCGGAUUUGGAUAUUUCCAACGAAAGUGAUAAUCUUUUGCUGGCUCAAAUUGGUAUCAGACGGUUCAGCCUGCAAGAGUUGGAGCAGGCGACAAAUGGGUUUUCGAACUUGCUGGGGAAGGGGACUUUUGGGGUUGUGUACAAAGGAACACUAGAUGAUGGCAGUGAAAUUGCUGUCAAAGAGCUUCUAAAGCAAAUCGAGUCCUACGACGACGACAACCGAGGAUUCGCCAACGAGGUUAGGGUCAUAAGCAAGAUCAAACACAGGAAUCUGCUUCCCCUACAAGGCUACUGCGAUGACACGAAAGAGCGGAGGAGGUUUCUUGUGUACGAAUUCAUGGCGAAUGGUAGUGUUGCAGAUCAUUUAUCCAAUGUGACAGCCAGAAUGCAGUUUUGCUGGGAGCAGAGGAAGAACGUGAUUCUUGAUGUGGCUAAAGCGAUUUGUUACUUGCACUGUGGGGUGAAGCCUGCGAUCUAUCAUCGAGACAUCAAAUCGAGCAAUGUACUUUUGGAUUCGGAUCUAAGAGCUAAAGUCGGUGAUUUCGGUCUGGCCAGGCAAGUUCAAGAUGAUGGAAGCUCCCAUGUCACUACAAGGCUGGCUGGCACACAUGGGUAUUUAGCACCCGAGUAUGCAAUGUAUGGACGCUUGACCGAAAAGAACGAUGUUUACAGCUUCGGGAUUUUAAUACUCGAGAUCGUGUCAGCACGAAAGGUGAUUGACAACUCGAACUUCAGCAGCUCAUCGUCAUCGGCAGUAGUGUUGAUCACGGAUUGGGCGUGGAACCUAGUGAAAUCGGGCAACGUGGACCGAGUUUUCGACGAGACACUGAUGUCGAAAGAUGAGGAGUACUACUGUAGAGGAGAGAUGAGGAGGUUCGUACUAGCGGGGAUUCUUUGUGCACAUGUCGUUGCUGAUCUCAGGCCUACAAUGGCCGAGGCUUUGAGGUUGUUGGAGGGUGACGUUGAAGUUCCCAAACUACCCGACAGGCCACCACCAUUGUCUCGUGAGUCGUUGUCUUCUUCAAGUGUUGUUCGUGGGUUGGCGAAACCAUGA